CAUUCCUCCACUUUCUGAAAACUGUCGGGGAACCGUCACCAGGAAGUGAUAUGGGCGCGUUAGACAGAGAGAAUUGUGCGAUCAAAUAUAAUGGGAAAAUAGGUUUAACAUUUUGGGCAGCUUCCAACAUUUAGUCAAUUGUAGCCUAUUUAGUUACGUAAUUCGGGAAACUCAUCGAGGACCUGCGAACGGCAAUGUAAUAAUUGUCAGGAUGAGUAAGGGCAACUUUAGUGAGCAGACCCCCUGUCAAAGCACAGCAGAGGAGGAGGAGGAGGAAGAGGAAGAGGAAGAAGAAGAAGAAGAAGAAGAGUCUAAGAUCUGCCAGGUGUGUGGUGACCAGGCCACCGGCUACCACUUUAAUGCCAUGACCUGUGAAGGCUGCAAAGGUUUCUUUAGGCGAAGUAUGAAGCGCAUCAUGCCAUUGCGCUGCCCCCUCCAGAAAAAGUGUGUCAUCACCAAGAACAACCGCAGGCAGUGCCAAGCCUGCAGACUCCGCAAGUGCCAGGCCAUAGGCAUGCUCAAAGAAUUGAUUAUGUCUGAUGAGGCGGUGGAGAAGAGGAGGAGGGGCAUCAAAAGGAAGAGGCUGGGCAGGGCUCCUGUCCUUCUCACACCCCAACAGGAAGCCAUCAUACAGGAACUGGUCACAGCCCAUCACAACACCUUCGACAUCACCUUCUCCUGCUUCAACGGGUUUAGACCCAUUGACAGAAACCUCAACCCCAUGUUCCCAUACAACCAGUCCGCAAGCCAGGCAGUCACUCGUCAGACAGGCUACUGCAGGAGUGAAGAAGAAUCAGCCUCCAAGAGCUCCUCCCCCUCCCUAACCUCCUCCUCUUCCCUAACCUCCUCCUCUUCCCCAACCUCUUCCUUUUUGUCAUCCCCUUUCACGCUGAUUGACGGGGAGGAUAAGGGGGCAGGGGUUGGAGCAGAGAAGACCACUGUGUUUAGCACACUGCCUCACGUGGCCGACCUCACGACCUACAUGAUCCAAAACAUCAUCAGCUUUGCUAAAGGACUCCCGUCCUUCAGGGCUUUGGCGAUUGAGGACCAGAUCUCUCUGUUGAAAGGAGCUACGUUUGAGAUGAGUCAGAUCCGGUUCAACAUGCUGUUCAACUCCAGGACUGGUAUGUGGGAGUGUGGGCCACUCACCUACUGCAUGGAUGACGCUGUCAGAGCUGGUUUCCAACGCCACCUGCUGGACCCUCUCAUGCGCUUCCACUACACACUGAAGAACCUGGGGCUGCAGGAAGUGGAGUAUGUCCUCAUGAAGGCCAUCGCCCUCUUCUCUCCAGAUCGUGUGGGCGUGACAAACCGUGAUGUUAUCGAUUCGCUCCAGGAAAGACUUGCCUUUACACUGAAGACUCACAUUGACUCAAAGAGAAAGGGGCCGGACAAACAUCUGUUGUAUCCCAAGGUGAUGGCCUGUCUGACAGAGAUGAGGACUAUGAAUGAGGAGUACACCAAGCAGGUGCUCCAGAUCCAGGACAUCCAGCCAGAUGUGUCCCCUCUCAUCCUCGAGGUGGUCAGCAAGGACCUCUAAGGACCCCGUCUCACACGGGCAUCAUCGAGGACACCUAACCAUCCUCACAGAAGCCUAAUCCGAACCUCUUAACAUACAGCCUCAUCCAGGCAUAAUUUACACAUACAUCCACCCUAAUGUGGUUUCAAAUUACCAGUGAUUUGUUGUGAUGUUGCUGUGAUGUAGUAUAUUACUACCAGAGUCGCUCAGGGUUGUGAACAGUGCUUUGCAAAAAAUCAUCAUACAAAAUGGGAUUAGACAAUAACCUGAGAUUUUUGCCAGGUCUUGAAAGCAUAAUACACAUUUUUAUUUUGUGUUUAUGUUUCUCAGUUGAAGAAGAAACAGGAUUGGACCACUUUCUGUCCACCUCACCUCAAAGUUCACGUGUAGUUGUUCACGGUUUCUUGAGGCUCACUAAACAUUUGCUUCAAAAGGACCGACAUGCUGCUCUACUUUAUCUGAAAUGCGCUCAGGUUCUAUAAUAAGGACUUCUGUUUUGUACAUUGUCAUAUGGCAUCCAGUCCUUGAUUGCUGAAAGGUAGAGAGAUUACUAAUGUUGUUCGGUAUGAAAGUGAAGUAUCAUCCACAUAAUAAGAAAAACACUAAUUAAGAAACAAUAUGACAACAAAAAAAAAUAUGACCACGGAUUGAACCCUGGGGCACACUACACGUCAGCAGAGCAGACAAGGAGACGUAAUUAUCGAUAGCCUUAGAAAAACACAAAUGGGUGGCAAGCCAUCCAAGGGGAGGCCCAGUUAUACCUACCUAAUUCUGAAGCCUACUCAGGGGAAGAUAAUUGUUAAAAGCUGCAGAUAGGCGAAGCAGUAACAGAAGGCUGAAUAAUAGCAUGUUUAACUAAAUCAUGCAAAGAUUCAAAAAAAAGACUAUGCAUGGGCCUAAGAAGCCAAAAGAAUCCUUAAAAAGAAAGGUUGGAAAAAUCUGUGUCAUACAACACAGAUAGAACAGGGUUAGAAGCUAAGGUUUAAAUGUGGUAUAACUCAAUUCAAACACGUUAUUUGUCCCCGAGGUGGAAUUUUCAGGGGCACGUAGACUAUUACAGUCAGCGUGUGGUGAUGACUGCCACAGCCAGUUCCCUCUGCUUGUUGGAGAAGGCUACUCCCAUCUCCUUGGUUUUGUCCACAGCCAGUUCCCUCUGCUUGUUGGAGAAGGCUACUCCCAUCUCCUUGGUUUUGUCCACAGCCAGUUCCCUCUGCUUGUUGGAGAAGGCUACUCCCAUCUCCUUGGUUUUGUCCACAGCCAGUUCCCUCUGCUUGUUGGAGAAGGCUACUCCCAUCUCCUUGGUUUUGUCCACAGUCAGUUCCCGGCAGGAGUUGUCUCACCACUCCACAAACUCGUGAAGAGCUGUGCUGGGGUGUUGGGAGGGGGCCUGAAAGCAGAGAUCAUUUGAUUGGCUGGACAGGCAGUCAUCAGUGUAGAGGAUGAAGAGCAGGAGUGAAGAGCCAGCCCUUUGGGAAGCCAGGAAAAGUGUGGCAGAGAAGGUGGUGCUGACCAGCACUCUCUGUGAUUUGUUGGUAAGGAAGUCCAUCCACAGGAUAAGUUGGUCAUUGAUUAUUAUCAUUAUUGACCUCGAUGUGUGAUUUCAUGGAAAUAAAUGCUGAAUACAUAUAACCAAUUGAAGCCAAUGACAUUGACUUUUCGACCUGCCAGUUUAUGGUCUCAGUUUGAGAUUCCACUGCGGUGCUCAGGCAAUCUCUUGGGCCUUCUGCACGGCGUUUGCAUGUUCUCCCGUGUUCUGCUCACAUGGCUUCCCUCCACAGAAAACAACCUCAAUAUAAAAACAUACACAACAGAUUGAUCUUCUGCCCAUGUACCUGGCCCACGUUGAUGUGGCCGUUGACUGCUGCUCCUGGCUGCCCUGGGAGGAAGGACAGCAGAAUGGGAAGUAUGGGAAAAUACAGAGGUGUUUCUUCUUUUUCAACAAUUCCAGCCUACUCAUUCAUUGACCUGAUGUGACUGGAUGGGUAUCAGCUUUUGAGAGAUCCACAGGCUCUCACCUAUCCAAUCAAAGUAGAUCAGGUAUCACCUUGAACAAUGAGUCAGGGGAAGGAGAAUUCAUGUCUGAGGUUUGGUGCCCUUCUGCUGCUGUACAUUGUAAAAACCAGGUUAGAAAUGUGGCAAAUGUAGAAUGUGUAAGUGUAAUAAAAGAUUGUUAUUGA